GUGACGUCACAUCGUGCUGUUAGCCUGUUAGCUUGCCUCCGUUUCUGCUGCUCGCAGAUUUGGACUGAAGAUCACAGCAGGAUGGCUGCGACUGUGAAUAAUCCUUUCCAGAACCUCACUGAGCCUCUGGACCCAGAGAACCCAGCUCAGCAGUUCUACAGUCUUCUCAAGCUGGGGGAUCCCAGAUACGACCAUCUGCCAUUCUCCAUCCGGGUCCUGCUGGAGUCUGCUGUCAGGAACUGCGAUGGGUUUCUGGUGAAACCCACCGACGUGGAAAACAUUUUAAACUGGAAACAGACCCAGACUCAGACCGUGGAGGUACCGUUCAAGCCGGCCCGGAUCAUUCUUCAGGACUUCACUGGCGUGCCGGCUGUGGUGGACUUUGCUGCCAUGCGUGAUGCUGUGAUGAAGCUCGGCGGCGACCCAGAGAAGAUCAACCCUGUUUGUCCUGCCGACCUCGUCAUUGACCAUUCCAUCCAGGUGGACUUCAACAGAAAGUCUGACAGUCUUCAGAAAAACCAGGACCUGGAAUUUGAACGUAACAGAGAGCGCUUCCAGUUCUUAAAGUGGGGCUCCAAGGCCUUCAGGAACAUGAGAAUCAUUCCCCCUGGAUCAGGGAUAGUCCAUCAGGUCAACUUGGAGUAUCUCGCCCGGGUGGUCUUUAACGACAAAGGGUUCUAUUACCCUGACAGCCUGGUCGGCACGGACUCCCACACCACCAUGAUCGAUGGACUUGGCGUUCUGGGAUGGGGUGUGGGCGGCAUCGAGGCGGAAGCAGUGAUGCUGGGUCAGCCAAUCAGCAUGGUGCUGCCCGAGGUGGUGGGAUACAAAGUCCACGGGACCCCGGACACACUGAUCACCUCCACAGACAUCGUCCUCACUGUCACCAAGCACCUGCGUCAGGUGGGCGUUGUGGGGAAGUUUGUGGAGUUCUUUGGGCCAGGUAUGGCUCAGCUGUCCAUUGCUGACCGAGCCACCAUUGCCAACAUGUGUCCAGAAUACGGCGCCACAGCGGCAUUCUUCCCUGUGGAUGAUGUCAGCGUCCAGUACCUGGAGCAGACCGGUCGAGAAGCAGAAAAGUUGGCCUACAUUAGAAAGUACCUGAAGGCAGUGGCCAUGUACCGAGACUACACCGACUCCUCUCAGGACCCGGACUUCACCCAGGUUGUUGAACUUGAUCUGAGCACAGUGGUUCCGUGCUGCAGUGGGCCCAAAAGACCCCAAGACAGAAUUCCGGUCUCGGACAUGAAAAAGGACUUUGAGAUGUGCUUGGGAGCAAAGCAAGGCUUUAAGGGUUUCCAGGUGGCUCCUGAACGCCACGCCGCCGCCGUCCCCUUCCAGUUCAGCGGAACAGAGUAUAGCUUGAGCCACGGCUCUGUGGUUAUCGCUGCCAUCACCAGCUGCACCAACACCAGCAAUCCCUCUGUCAUGCUCGGAGCCGGACUCCUGGCGAAAAAGGCGGUAAAGCUCGGCCUGAAUGUGAAGCCGUACAUAAAGACCAGUUUGUCGCCGGGCAGCGGUGUAGUCACCUACUACUUGAAAGAGAGCGGCGUGAUGGAUGACCUGUCGCAGCUCGGCUUUGAGGUUGUUGGCUAUGGUUGCAUGACCUGUAUAGGAAACAGUGGACCCCUUCCUGAACCCGUGGUCCAGGCCAUAACCCAGGGAGACCUGGUUGCAGCAGGCGUCCUGUCUGGGAACAGGAACUUUGAAGGCAGAGUCCACCCGAACACCAGAGCCAACUACCUGGCUUCUCCGCCGCUGGUCAUUGCCUACGCAAUCGCAGGAACAGUGAGGAUCGACUUCCAGACCGAGCCCAUCGCUGUCAGCACUGAAGGAAAAGAAGUUUUCCUGAGGGACAUCUGGCCCACACGGGAGGAGAUCCAGGCUGUGGAGAGGACCUUCGUUAUUCCGUCACUGUUCAAAGAAGUCUACGAGAAGAUUGAGAAUGUGAACACCAGAUGGAAUGCUCUGGUUGCUCCUUCGGAUACACUCUACAGCUGGGACCCUGAGUCAACUUACAUCAAGUCACCACCUUUCUUUGAUGGCUUGAGGAACGAGGUGCAACCGCCUUCCUCCGUUAAAGACGCCUACGUGUUGCUGAACCUCGGAGACUCCGUCACUACGGACCACAUUUCUCCUGCAGGCAACAUCGCCAGGAACAGUCCCGCCGCACGAUACCUGACCGACAGAGGUUUGACGCCGCGGGACUUCAACUCGUACGGCUCCCGUCGGGGUAACGACGCCGUCAUGGCCAGAGGGACCUUCGCCAACAUUCGCCUCUUCAACAAGUUCCUCAACAAGCAGGCGCCACAGACCAUCCACCUGCCCACCGGCCAAACGCUGGACGUGUUUGACGCGGCAGACAGAUACCGGCAGAGUGGCGCCCCACUGCUGGUUCUGGCGGGGAAAGAGUAUGGCUCGGGCAGCUCCAGAGACUGGGCGGCUAAAGGUCCUUUCCUGCUGGGUAUUAAAGCCGUGCUAGCCGAGAGCUACGAGCGGAUCCACCGCAGUAACCUAGUGGGGAUGGGCGUGAUCCCUCUGGAGUACCUGCCAGGGGACAGCGCCGACAGCCUGGGUCUGACGGGCCGCGAGCGCUACACCGUGGUUAUCCCCGAGCGGCUCACGCCCAGGAUGAUCGUCCACAUAAAGCUCGACUCGGGGAAAACCUUCCAGGUCCGGAUGAGGUUCGACACAGAUGUGGAGCUGGCAUACUUCCACCACGGCGGCAUCCUCAACUACAUGAUUCGCAAGAUGUUUGAGGAAUAAAGCUACAAGACUGGUACGGACACACGGACCCGCGUCCGCUCAGACAGACGCCUGCAGAGAGCCGUUCCCAGAGUGGACGUCCCCCUGCUUUGUGAUGUCAUAAAGGACCUCAGACUCUGGUGCUAAUGGAUCAAUAAAUUAAGAUCAGACUUGAAUGACUCGAGUGGAAGUCAUGGCUUUUACUUGUUUUGGGAGAUCCUGCGAUUUAUAUACCUAAAAAUCACAAGUUCAUGAAUCAUGAUGAUGAUGACGACUGUGAUGACUAUGAUGAUGACUAUGAUGAUGAUGAUGAUGACGACUAUGAUGACUGUGAUGAUUAUGAUGAUGACGAUGAUGAUGAUUAUGAU